ACAUGAACUUUCUGAGUGUUCGGUGUUCCGCGAAUGGUUCAAAGGUACAGUGUCUGGGUGUGCCUAGCAAAUGUUUGUGAAAAUGCUCAACAGACAAAAAAUGCCGUGCAGACGUGCAGGGUCCAUCAAUGAGAGCUUUGUAUGCUCUGGUCUUCGGGACUAAACCCUGCUUUCUCACUCGGUUAGUAGCAUUUCUUCCUGAUACAGUUUCUCAGCUUUUCAAUAACACAGUAGCACGAUUCUUCCCAAAACCCUUCAUUAUAUCUACCUUCUUUCUUAUCCCACGAUCUAUUUAUGCUUGCCUUCUCCUUUUAAUACCUCUGUUCUUCACCUGCCAGCAGUGUAUACAAUUCACAUUCUUUUCUCCCCUGCAGCUUCAAUGCUAUUCACCUUCUUUCACAAUUCACAAUUCACAAUUCACAUUCACCUCCAUUGAUCUUUCUUUAGUUCCCCUACUCAGUCCUACGCUGUUCUCACACCCUCACCCUUUCGAAAGCCCAAAAUCCCAUCCUCACCACACCCCUCUUCAGAUAUUCACAUUGGCUUGAGUGGGUGCAGCAAACAUGAGUGAAACUGGUGCUGAUCUCUUGCAACAGUUGGAGGAUAUCCUUGAAUCCGACCCUCUAAUUGAUGAGGUGGGAUUUAUUCAUCCAUCUCAAUUUGACUUGCUAAAUGAAGAAUCAGGCAUUUCCGGCAAUUCAUCUGAUGAAGCUAUCUCUCAGGCAACAAAAAGGACAGCAAGCUCUGAGGGAUGUUCCAAGCAAAAGAACAAAAACUUUUGGAACAAAGAUCAUAAAUUGGGAAUUUCAACUUCUAUUCUUCUCCCACUAUACAAAGUUGCUAAACUAGCGUUUAUGACUGCAUUUAAACAAUACAAGAUGUGUGGCGAUCAAUCUGAUGAAGUUGGGAAUUGUUUACCUGCCUCUUCAUCAUGCGAUGAUCUUCGAAGUAUACUUAUGAGACACAGCAGGUCACUUCUGCUGCUAAGUUGCGAUUUUAUGACAGCAUGGAAUUGCAGAAAGUUAGUAGUUUCCAAGGAGAAGCAGGACUCCAUGUUGUUGGAUGAACUUCAUCUGUCUGCGCUCGUACUUUCAUAUUCACCCAAAAGUGAACAAGCUUGGAAUCAUAGGCGGUGGGUGAUCAAGUCAAUGUCCGCACAUUGUUCAAAUUUCAAAGAUCUUUUGAGAAAAGAAUCUGAGCUGGUGGAAAAAAUAGCUGAGAGGUCGAAAAUGAAUUAUCGUGCAUGGAAUCACCGCUGCUGGUUAAUUUCGUAUAUGGCUAGAGAUCAGGUGUUACAUGAGCUGAAGAAAUCAAGAAGCUGGGCUGCAAUGCAUGUUGCUGAUAAUUGUUGUUUUCAUUAUCGCAGUCGGCUAUUGCUUAAGAUUAUGGAGGAAUCAAGUGGUUCUGAGAAAAAUGUGUCUUCUGGUUAUAAGGCUGAUAUCAACCAGGCUUGGAAGGAUGAGCUUCACUGGAAUGAGACAUUGAUAAGACGCUAUGUGGGAAGAGAGGCUCUAUGGCUUCAUCGUCGCUUCCUUUCCAUGUACUGGAUAAGUAAUUUUCUUUCUGAUUCUGGUGGUACAUCCUACAAUUCCAAGCAGACAAACAGAAAUUAUAACUACUUUGAUCCCUUCCUGGAGAAUGAAUUGUGUCUCAUUGGCUCCUGCAUAACUGUUGAGGACAAUGAAUUUGCUGAUUUCGAAGCGCAAGCAGUGUAUGCUGCUAGUUACAUGCUGUGGUUGAAAGUGCAAGUUCCUGAGCCAUUGGGAAAUGAUCUCCGAGCGAAGAUAAGAGCAAUGGAUCUGAAGACCUUGCUGGAUAACUCAAACCAAGAGAGGUUCUCACUUUUCAAUCACUUUUUAAGCUAAAUGGGAGCAUUUGUUCUUUCUGAGGGGGAGGUAGAUAUUAUUAAUGAUUCUAACAAUAAGUUUCUUUUACCUUACUAUUUUUGUUAUGAUGAUACUGUGUAAUCUAUAAAUAUAUAUUAACUUGAUUUUCCAUGAAUGGUGACGCUAGCAAGAGAAUGCUGUAAAGUAUCAUAUCAUCACUAAACGAGAAAAGGUUCAGAUAA